UCGAGUAGUUUUGAACACGUCAUAUACUUCACAUAAGCGCACCCUAAUAGCACUGCUGAAAUGCAUAUUAUUGAAUAAGAUUAUGUGGCAAUGAUGUUUUGAGUCCGGCGGCACGUGUUUGUUUGUUGUUGACAAUCACUCCAUUGAUAACUACCAAAAGUACAAUUCGACAAACUGUUUUAUAAAAAUAUGUCCAAACGACAAAAAAUAGAGGAAGUAGCGGAAGUGGACGAUGGACGUACUGUUCAAGCACGACUCGUAUCAGAUACUGGAGAGGAGGCAGGCCCUCCAAUAGAUUUACCUAUUACAGUCACCGUGGAGCAGCUAGGUCUUAUUUGUAAUGCGUUAUUAAAAAAUGAUGAACCGACACCAUACCUAUUCUUUGUGGGAGAAGAAGAGAUUAAAAAAACUCUUAACAGCGCUUUGGAUUUAAAUUCAAUAGACACUGAAAAUGUAAUCAAAAUUGUAUAUCAACCGCAAGCUGUGUUUAAAGUUCGACCAGUAACACGAUGUACAAGCUCAAUGCCAGGUCAUGCAGAAGCUGUAAUUUCAAUUAGCUUUAGCCCAGACGGCGAACAUUUAGCUAGUGGAUCAGGUGACACAACAGUGAGAUUAUGGGAUUUGACAACCGAAACACCACAUCAUACAUGUGCGUUGCACAAACAGUGGGUAAUGUGUGUUGCUUGGUCGCCUGAUGGAAAAAAGUUAGCAAGCGCUUGUAAAGCAGGAAAUAUUAUAUUAUGGGACCCAACGAAUGGUAAACAAAUCGGUCGAACAUUAGUCGGUCAUAAGAAAUGGAUAAACUGUUUGAGCUGGGAACCAUAUCAUCAGAAUCCCGAUUGUCGCCGAUUAGCCAGUGCCGGUACGGAUGGAGAUUGCCGUAUUUGGGACACCGUGUUGGGACAUUGCAUUCUAAAUAUAUCAGGGCACUCUAGUUCAGUAACCGCUGUACGAUGGGGUGGAUCUGGGCUUAUUUACACUUCGUCUAAGGAUCGUACAGUAAAGAUGUGGAGGGCAGAUGAUGGAAUACUAUGCCGAACAUUUUCUGGACAUGCUCAUUGGGUAAAUAAUAUUGCGCUGAAUACGGAUUACGUUUUACGAACGGGACCGUUCCAUCCAAUAACUGAUCGUAAAAAGAAAUAUUCAGAAAUUGAAAAGAAUGAAUUGAAAGAAAUGGCUUUACAAAGAUACAAUCAAGUUUGCCCCGAUGGUGUUGAAUCAUUAGUAUCGUGUUCCGAUGAUUUCACGCUUUAUCUUUGGCGUUCAAAUCAAAAUAAAUGUGUAGAACGAAUGACGGGUCAUCAAAAUGUGGUCAAUGAUGUUAAAUACUCACCUGAUGUUAAGCUCAUUGCAUCUGCCUCUUUCGACAAGUCAAUUCGCCUAUGGCGCGCUCAAGAUGGCAAAUUUAUAACUACAUUCAGAGGACAUGUUCAGGCUGCUUAUACACUGGCAUGGUCAGCAGACUCACGAUUGCUGGUGAGUGGUAGUAAAGAUUCAACUCUGAAAGUAUGGAGCGUUCAAACGAAAAAAUUAGCACAAGAAUUGCCGGGUCAUGCAGAUGAGGUUUUCGCUGUGGAUUGGGCUCCGGACGGGACACGAGUGGCAUCUGGUGGCAAGGAUAAGGUGGUGAAAUUAUGGGCUUAUUAGGAUACAUCCAGAGGAAGUAUAUAACGUGUAUAAAUAGUCUUAAAAGGAGUAUUCGUAUCGUAGCAGUUUCUAUGAAAAAGUGAACGUUUUAUUAUAAGAUUAAAUAAACCAAAUAAGAAGAUUGUUAACCUAUUUCUUAUACAAAAUCAAUAAUGUUGUUUCAAAAAUGAUUUUAAUUUAUAUAGCUAUGUUGUCUUAUUCCCUUUAGGGAGAUGACUUUAUAGAAAUGCUCAAUUAUAUAUGGAAGUGUGCCCAUACAUUUUUUUUUAAAAGAUUGAUA